AAGGGAAUAUCAUGUUUCUUUCAUUGUUUCUUUUUUCUUCGUAAAUAAAUUGUGACUGAAAAGAAGACACUCUUAUAUUUUGUUAGCCACGAUGUAUUUAAAAGAAAGCCAGACGAAGUGGCGGAAAACCUAAAUUUCUUUUAGAUAUAAUUUUUACAGGCAUAUGAAUAUUUUCAUUUGCAUAAACUAUAUCUACAUAUAUAUAUGUGUGUGUUCCUGGUAGCAAUAAAUGUAAUUACGAACGCGUAACCACAAUAUUAUGAGUUAAAAGCAACAGUGUUAUUACUAGAAAUACGUGUAUGCAAUGUACUUGUGGUCAUAUAAAGAUAUGGCGGUAGUCGCGAAAAGUCAGUUGCAAUCGCAAACAAAAGUGAAUAAUUAACAUAAUAAUUUUGUUCAAUACAAAACAACACUACAUUUAAAGUAGUAAAUGUGCAAACAUGAGGACUAGAAAAACAUUAGCAAUUCUUGGUGCAGGCUUAUUUCUUGCCUGUUGUAUUAUGAUAUAUUUAAUGAUGGAUCUAGCCCUGUUCCCACCAGGACAAGGAUCUAAACUUUCUGUUAAUGAUAAUCAGUGGUUACAUUUCGAGAAUAGACUUGCAAAGUUAGAAAAAGACAUUAACAAGCAUCACGAAGUUAUCAAUGCUUUACAAGAAGUGGCAGAAGCAAAAAAUUUUGUUCCAGUGAUUUAUCCUAUAAAUCAUCAUAAUCAAUCUGUAUCCUCUAGUUUCUCUCAUUUAGGAAAAGUACUUAAAUGUAAUUUUACUAUGCAGAAAGUACCAGAAGUAGAUAUACAAAUGUUAGAGAUGUACAGACAAUUAGAAUUUGAUAAUGUAGAUGGGGGAGUUUGGAAACAAGGAUGGGACAUUACAUAUGAUGAGAAGCAGUGGCAUCCAAAUAGAAAAUUAAAAGUUUUUGUAGUUCCACAUUCUCAUAAUGAUCCUGGUUGGCUCAGUACUUUUGAGAAGUAUUAUACAUUUCAAACACGUAACAUACUAAAUAAUAUGGUAACAAAAUUGGCAGAAGAUAGAAGACGCAAAUUUAUUUGGGCAGAAAUAUCAUUUUUCCAACUUUGGUGGGAAGACCAAUCUAAAACAACACAUAAUGUGGUACGACGAUUAAUUCAUGAUGGCCAACUGGAAAUUGUAUCAGGAGGAUGGGUUAUGCCAGAUGAAUCUGUUUCCCAUUGGAUUUCUCAACUAAUGCAGCUUACAGAAGGUCAUCAAUGGUUAAAAUACAACUUAGACUAUGUACCAAAUUCUGGAUGGACUAUUGACCCAUUUGGACUUUCCCCAACUAUGCCAUAUCUUUUAAAAGGUGCAGGAUUACAAAAUGUACUAAUACAAAGGGUCCAUUAUUCUGUUAAAAAAAGAUUAGCUAGGCAUAAACAGUUAGAAUUUCGGUGGAGACAAUUAUGGGACAAUGAUGGAUCAACAGAAAUAUUUACACAUGUAAUGCCAUUUUAUAGCUAUGAUGUACCACAUACUUGUGGUCCAGAUCCAAAAAUAUGUUGUCAAUUUGACUUUUAUCGCUUGCAAAAUUUUGGUUUAAGUUGUCCAUGGAAAAUAGCUCCACGAGCUAUAACUAAAGCAAAUGUAGCAGAAAGAGCUGCCCUUCUACUAGAUCAGUAUCGUAAAAAAGCUCAACUUUUUAAAACAGAUGUGGUGUUGGCACCACUUGGAGACGAUUUUAGAUACACCCAUUUUACUGAGUGGAAUGCUCAGUAUAAUAAUUAUCAGAAACUUUUCGAUUAUAUGAACCAAAAUCAACAAAUGAAUGUCCAAAUUAAAUUUGGAACAUUAAGCGAAUAUUUUAAUGCAAUUAGAGAAAAACAUAAUUUAAAUGAGUUUCCUACAUUAUCUGGAGAUUUUUUCACAUAUUCUGAUAGAGAUGAUCAUUACUGGAGUGGAUAUUAUACUUCAAGGCCUUUUCAUAAACGAUUAGAUCGUGUGCUGCUGAGUUUAUUGAGAGCAUCAGAAAUACUGACAACUAUAGCUUGGACCAAAGGUAAUGAUAAUUUGGUGGAAGGAACUCUUGCACAGCGCCUGAGCAAAGCAAGAAUGUGGCACUCUUUAUUUCAACAUCAUGAUGGCAUUACGGGAACUGCCAGAGAUGAAGUAGUUGUUGACUAUGCUAAGAAAAUGAUAAUGGCCUUAAAUAAUUCUGCUCAUGUGCUACAACAAUCGGUGGUACAUUUAUUGAAAACUCCACAAGAAUCUACCGUUGAUACAGACGCUGUUUAUAUUUCACUUGAUGAAUCAAGAUUACGACAUACCAGUGCAGGGGAUAAAUAUGUACUUACAUUAGGAGAGGAAACUCCUCUGAAAAAAGUUAUUCUAUAUAAUUCUGUCCCUAGACAAAGAACGAAAGUACAGACAUUAGUUGUAUCUACUCCAUUUGUUAGAGUUACUGAUCGCAUGGGUCAACCAGUACAAUGUCAGGUUUCUCCAAUUUGGAUUGGCCCUGCUGCAUUGACUGUUGCUAGAUAUGAAUUAUCAUUUUUAGUUACUGUUCCUGGAUUUGGUAUUACAACAUACAUAAUUCAUGCUCUGUCUACAUCAUCAUUUCCACGGGAGGUACACCUUGCAAAUGUAACUGUUUUUAAUACAGAUAUAAACCUUCCAAAAAUACUAGGUUUUAAUCAAAUUCAAGUAGUACCUAAUGCACAAGAAUUUUCUAUUACGCAACGCCCAGAAUUGUCAGCUUCUUUUGGAAAAUCAGGACUUCUGAAAGCUUUAAGAGUCAAUAAUACAACAGUUCCUGUUCACUUAGAAUUUGUUAAAUAUAGUACCAGAGGUUCUGGUAAAGAUAAAAGUGGAGCUUAUUUAUUUUUACCCGAUAAACCAGAACCGGAUUUAGUGUUUAUGGAUAACAAAUGUAUUAUACACUUAAUAACUGGACCUAUUGUAUCCAAAGUAUUUGUAGAAUUAGCGUAUGUGCGUCACACUUGUACAUUAUACAAUUCACCUGGUAGUGAUGGACUUGGAUUACAUGUAUUUAAUGAAAUUAAUAUAUCAGAAACACAAAAUUAUGAACUUGCUAUGAGAUUGAGUACAGAUAUAGCUUCAGGAGACCAAUUUUUCACAGAUUUAAAUGGGCUUAAUAUAAUUAAACGCCAAAGAUUUCCGAAACUUCCUACACAAGGAAAUUAUUAUCCAAUGGCAGCAAGUGCAUACAUAGAAGAUGAAAAAAUUAGAUUAACAGUAGUAACAGCACAACCGUUAGGUGUAAGUUCCAUGGCAUCUGGACAAAUUGAAAUCAUGCAAGAUCGGAGGUUACUUCAAGAUGACAAUAGAGGAUUGGGUCAAGGUAUAACAGACAACUUAUUAACAAAUCAUUUAUUCACGUUUAUUCUUGAAAAAAGAAAACCUCUUUGUACAUCUUCAAUACCAUCAACAAAUCACCCAGGAGGACUAUUAUCAUUACAUGGUCAUUUAGCAUCAGAAGAAUUAUUGCACCCAAUAAUUGCAAUGCAUCCACAUAAUACUUUACCUUUUGAUCUGAAUGCUCAUUUUUCGCCUCUUCGUUAUGAUUUUCCUAUAGGUUUAAAUAUUGUUAGCUUUAGAGUAUUCCCCAUUCCUGAAGGAGCUGGUAAGGGUAUUGGAAUGGUAUUGCAUCAAGCAGCUAUUAAUAUGUGCUGGAAUGACAAUUUUUAUUCACAACAUUUUAACGUUUCUGAAUCAGUAAAAGUUGAUUUAACAAAGUUCCUCAAUUAUGUAGAUGAUUGGAUCAUUAGUAAAGCUCCUCUCACAUUUCAUAAUGUGGGACCAUCUUUGAAAUCUCCUAUUGUCAAUUUAUGUCCACACCAAAUAUUAUCAGUUUUGUUCCACAAAACACAGUCUUAGAUUAAUCCAUUGACUUUAUUU